AUGGAUCGUCUUCAUGUUCCAAUCAUGGCGGAUCCUCUUCUCUCCUCCAUCAUCACUUUUCACACAACCAAGAUAAUUGUCAUGGAUCCCACCAAGUACUCCUUUAUUGGAUCCAUUCCUGACACCAUGCUUGCCUGUGUGUCUGCAGCAAGUAAUGUCUUGCAACAAUACAGGAAGAUUCCUUCUUCGGGUCCGAGGGAGCUCACACCAGCCAUGGUUCGCUCCAUUGACAAAGCUGACAAGCCAGCAAAAAGGGGAAAGAAAACUGAGACUCAGAAGGAGACGAAGCCUCAACCAAAGAAGCAGAAGAAGCCUGCUCGGAGACUCAUACUCCAAUCUUCAAGCGCUGCAGACUCGGAGUAUGUUCCUCCCAAACAUAAAUCUGCUCCUCCUUCCAAAUCUGAAAGCGAAAGCUCUGAUGAUGAGGCUUCGGCUCGUGGUGAAACCCCGCCUCGCUCGCCUACCCCAAAAAUUCCAGUUCGCUCCCCACCUCCUUCUCCUCCACCUGUUACCAUCCUAGUAUCCAUCCCUCCUAUAUUUCCUAUCCAUACAUCUCAACCAUCAACCACUACUCCCAUCCCCACUCCCAUCUUCACAGACACUACCACUACCACCACUACUCAUUCUACAGCUCCCACCCCACUUGUUACAACCGAACCACCAGUAACAACCGAACCUCCUGCCACUACCAAACCCUUAUCACCUACACCUUCUACUGACACCACCCCAGUUCUAGGUGAUGAGGACUUGGAAUUUGAUUCCACUUAUUUUAGUCCUUACCGUGUACAGAGUGAUGAAGACGACGAUGAACCGAUCACCAAGCGUCAUCUCAAAGGAGUAAACGACAAACUUGAUCAACUGCUUUCCUCCUCUUCAUCUAGGGCUUAUUUUGAUGCUGCUUUAAAGGCUUUGUUCUCUUCUGUAGUCCAAGAACACAACGCCUCCCUUUCUGCUGCAGCUAAGGCGGCAGCUCAGAAAAAUUCUCAAACUGUGAAUGCUUCGGUUGAUAACCUUCAGCGUUCUCUUCAAGCUGAACGGUCCAGCCUUGAAGCUGCUCGUCAAGCAAUCGAGGCAGCCAACGCCACUCUGCACGACAACGUCAAUGAUCGAUUGAAUCAAUUGGAGGUAGAGUUGGCUGUUGAAAAUCGCACCAUGGAUGAACUUGACAAAAGAACCUCUCAGCUGAAGAUGCAGAAUCUCAAACUUCGCACUGCAACAGCUGAACUCAAUUACUUGAAGUCUGAGAGGGAGGUUAUACGAAGCUCUGCUGCUAAUGUUCACUCCAUCUUACUUCACCUUCUUGAAGCCCAUGAUCCCAUAAUUACCAUCACCAUUCGCGGGCAUUUGGCUGACAAACUUCGACCUGCUCUGGACAUCGUUAGUCGUAUCCAUUGUUUUGAAAGCCGGAUCGGACCGGCCGGUUGA